AUGGGUAACAACAAGAAGCUCAGCGCCUAUUAUGCGCCUACGGGCGGCUUGCCGCCACAGACACAGAUCCUCACCGACCGUGCUAUGUUCACCGAAGCCUAUGCGGUAAUUCCAAAGGGCACAUUCAGCGACAUCGUGACGAGUUUCCUGCCGUUCUGGGAUAAGACGAGGUUGUGGGUGAUUGCCCGUCCGUUAUCGGGCUUCGCCGAAACAUUCUCGCAAUACAUCAUGGAGGUGCAACCCGGGGGCGGCAGCGAUCGCGGUGAAACGGAUGACAGUGCGCAGGGGGUGGUGUUUGUCGUCAAGGGCGAAGUGACAAUCACCUUAGGAUCAGAGAAACACACACUUUCCGAGGGCGGCUAUGCCUACCUACCACCGAAGAGCGGGUGGUCCCUCCGUAACACUGGUGCAACCACCGCCUCUUUCCAUUGGAUUCGCAAGGCCUACGAAUCUGUGGAGGGAAUCGAUCAACCUACGCCGCUUUUCCUUAACGAAAAGGAUGUUCCACCUACAUAUAUGCCAAACACCAACAAUGCUUGGGCUACCACACGAUUUGUCGACCCGAACGAUCUGCGCCACGACAUGCAUGUUACCAUUGUUACCUUUGAGCCCGGGGGAGUCAUCCCAUUUGCGGAAACCCAUGUCAUGGAGCACGGCCUUUACGUUUUAGAGGGUAAAGCUGUGUACAGGCUCAAUCAGGACUGGGUGGAGGUGGAAGCUGGCGACUUCAUGUGGUUGCGUGCCUUCUGCCCUCAGGCCUGUUACGCCGGCGGCCCUGGGAAAUUCCGUUACCUGCUCUACAAGGACGUAAACCGCCAGAUGAAGCUAUCAGCGAAAUUGUAA